AGUGUGAUGAGCAUCUGCUAAAUGAGCAACAACGACCACAAUUCACACCUUCAGUCAGUGAAGCUCCCACAGCCGUUCGUGAGAGUUUAAAUGCUGGGAAAAAUUCCCAUCUUCCCACAGGAGAAGAAACAAGCAGGAGGAAUGACUCCAGGAGAAACUACUGACAUAUUAUUGUAAAGAUGGAGUUUGAGGAAGAACCCUGCAGAAUGAGAGAUGAAGAAACAGAGGAAGAUGGAAACACAGUCAUUUCACAGACUAAAAGGAAAUUCACACACAAAAAAGCUGGGAAAUCUGGAGUCAAAGGAUCUUUUGCCUGCACUGAGUGUGGAAACUGCUACACACGUAAACCAGACCUUACGCGACACAUGAGAAUGCACACUGGAGAGAAUCUGUUCACAUGCACUCAGUGUGGAAAGGAUUUUACAAACAAAGGAAAGUUGGAUGUACACAUGAGAGUUCACACGGGAGAAAGACCGUUCACAUGCACUCAGUGUGGAAAGAGUUACAUACAUGAACCAGACCUUAAGAGACACAUGAGAAUUCACACUGGAGAAAAACCAUUCACAUGCACUCAGUGUGGAAGGAGUUUCAUUGACAAAACCGUUCUCAACAAUCAUCUGCGCCGUCACACUGGAGUGAAGUCAUUCAGCUGUGAUCAGUGUGAUAAAACAUUUGUUUUGGCAAUGUACUUACAAAGACACCUUAAAGUUCAUGCUGGUGUGAAGCCUCACUUUUGUUCUUUAUGUGGAAAGUGUUUUAUAUACCUGCAAAAGUUAAAAGAGCAUGAGCGUAUUCAUACUGGUGUGAGACCUUAUAUGUGCUCUGACUGUGGGAAGACCUACACUACAUCCACUGGUUUAAAAUUACACCAGAUAGUUCAUACUGGAGAGAAACUGCACAAGUGCUCACACUGUGGAAAGAGUUUCUCUUCCUCAUCAUACUUGAAAUCUCAUGAGAGAGUUCAUACUGGAGAGAAGCCGCACCAGUGCUCUUCAUGUGGGAAGAGUUUCGCCCACUCACCUAAUCUAUGGUUUCAUAAGAAAAAAGGUUGCUCAAAGUCGUCCAAAUGAGAAAAGUAAAUGUGAUGUUCAGAAAAAGCAAAAGCUGGAAUUAGUUCCAACAGACUCUUUUCAUCUAAGGUAAUUUGUUAAAAUCAGGUUUGAAGUUUGAUUA